GAUGAGCGUAAUGCUAACCGCUACAGCAUCCGGCAUUCUCCAACCUCUCAAUACUUUUCCACCCGUCGUCCCAUCUCAUCUCAUUCCCUCUCCCUCGCCGCGUCAGCUCGGCGCCGAUAGCAGUUCUUAUCCUGCCACACAGUCAGCCAGCGAGCGCUUCUUAGGCUAUAAAGCGGUCUCAGUGCCUCAAAGGGAAUUCCGCAAACCCCUUGAGGGCAAGCCGAGUGUCUUUUUCCUUGAUGUCAACCCUAUUUGUUACCGAGGUGUACAACCAAGCCUCCACUCCUUCGCCAACUGGCUCUCCCUCUUCUUCUCCCAAGUUAGCCUACGCAACCCUGUAAUCGCUGUUUUGGAUGGCGAAGGUGGCAAUGAGUAUCGAAGGCAGCUGCUGCCCUCGUACAAAGCACAUAGGAGGAAGUUUAUCCGGCAUUGGGACGAGUUGCAGAGACUUUCCAGUGCUAGCGUGCGCUCCGGCGAGCUGCAAAUCACCAAUGUUCUCCAUAAGUGUAAUGUGCCGGUUAUAAAGGUGAAUGGUUUUGAGGCAGAUGAUGUAAUUGCCACACUUGCUGACCAAGUUUUACAAAGAGGGCAUCGAGUUGUUAUUGGAUCGCCAGAUAAAGAUUUCAAGCAACUCAUAUGUGAAGAUGUGCACAUGGUUAUGCCUAUGCCUGAGCUUAGGCGUUGGUCAUUCUACACUUUAAAGCAUUACAUAGAACAAUACAAAUGUGACCCAAGCUCCGAUUUAAGUCUUCGGUGUAUCAUUGGUGAUGAAAUUGAUGGUGUUCCUGGAAUUCAACACGUUGCUCCUGGAUUUGGUCGCAAGACAGCCUUGAAGCUAUUGAGAAAACAUGGUUCUCUUUCAAAUUUGCUUGGGGCUGCUGCAGUCAGGACAGUGGGAAGGCAGUAUGUGCAAAAUGCUCUGACUAAGCAUUCUGAUUAUCUCUGGAGAAACUUUGAGGUGCUUAGCUUGAGGAGGAAUGCUGAAGUUCACCUUAAGGAGGAGUGGCUAUUGGAGAGAGACGUUUGCAAUGAUUCUACUGUCCUGUCGAGCUUUAUCGAAGUGAUAGAUAAUUCAAAAAGGCUCCAGGACAGUUUAAGGUACUUAAGACGUCAAGAGCAGGAAUUUGUUUCAAAUGAUUGACUAGGCUUAAGUUACCUCUCGAGCCUCCUUUGCAAAGGGAUCACAUUUUCAUGCUCGUAUCCUACAGCUCUGAUUUUUUGGGCCAAACACUUUACUUUUGUUAACUUACAUGAAACAUGCCUUAUUAUUUGAUUUAAAUUAGAUUACAUGAAACAUGCCUUAUUAUUUGAUUUAAAUUAGAUGCCAUUCGUAAUUAACUUGUUCAUUUGAUG